ACGUCGAAGCGCUGCUCCCGGAGCCGCGGAGGCUGCGGGCUUGGCUGCGGCGGUUGCUGUGGCGGCGGUUGCUGUGGCGGCGGUUGGAGAUUGGAGAGAAAUCCAGGUACCCACUUGACUGGUACCUUCUGCCACCAUGGGGGAGCUUUUCCGGAGUGAAGAAAUGACACUGGCCCAGCUUUUUCUACAGUCAGAAGCUGCUUAUUGUUGUGUCAGUGAAUUAGGAGAACUUGGAAAGGUUCAGUUUCGUGACGCCAAUUUUGAGAAGAUUGAAAAUGAACUGAAGGAAAUCAACACAAACCAGGAAGCUCUGAAGAGAAACUUCCUGGAACUGACUGAAUUAAAAUUUAUACUUCGCAAAACUCAGCAAUUUUUUGAUGAGAUGGCGGAUCCAGACCUGUUGGAAGAGUCCUCAUCCCUCUUGGAGCCAAGUGAGAUGGGAAGAGGCACGCCUUUAAGACUUGGCUUCGUGGCUGGUGUCAUUAACCGGGAGCGCAUCCCUACUUUUGAGCGCAUGCUUUGGCGGGUAUGCCGGGGAAAUGUGUUCCUGCGACAGGCUGAAAUCGAGAACCCCCUGGAGGAUCCUGUGACUGGUGACUACGUGCACAAGUCUGUGUUUAUCAUUUUCUUCCAAGGCGAUCAGCUGAAAAACAGAGUCAAGAAAAUCUGUGAAGGGUUCCGAGCCUCACUCUAUCCCUGUCCUGAGACACCACAGGAGAGGAAGGAAAUGGCUUCCGGAGUGAAUACUAGAAUUGAUGAUCUCCAAAUGGAACACAGUGGUUCCACUGUACCUUCCAUUUUGAACAGGAUGCAGACAAACCAGACUCCCCCAACCUAUAACAAAACCAACAAGUUUACCUAUGGCUUUCAGAACAUAGUAGACGCUUAUGGAAUUGGAACUUACCGAGAGAUAAAUCCAGCUCCAUAUACUAUUAUCACGUUCCCUUUUCUAUUUGCUGUGAUGUUUGGAGACUUUGGUCAUGGGAUUUUAAUGACCCUUUUUGCUGUGUGGAUGGUACUGAGGGAGAGCCGGAUCCUUUCCCAGAAGAAUGAGAAUGAGAUGUUUAGCACUGUGUUCAGUGGUCGAUACAUUAUUUUAUUGAUGGGUGUGUUCUCCAUGUACACUGGCCUCAUCUACAAUGAUUGCUUUUCCAAGUCUCUUAAUAUCUUUGGGUCAUCCUGGAGUGUACGGCCGAUGUUUACUUAUAAUUGGACUGAAGAGACGCUUCGGGGGAACCCUGUUCUACAGCUAAACCCAGCCCUCCCUGGAGUGUUCGGUGGACCAUACCCUUUCGGCAUUGAUCCAGUAAGAGGACUUCCUUCCUAUAUACUAACCUCAAAUUUUUUAACGAGAAUCGUGGGGAUGGUAUUGGAGCCGUUCAAGGUUCAGAACUAUUUCAAGAAGCCCCUGAAUAUCUACUUUGGAUUUAUUCCUGAAAUAAUCUUCAUGACCUCUUUGUUUGGCUAUUUGGUUAUCCUUAUUUUUUACAAGUGGACGGCCUAUGAUGCUCAUACAUCUGAGAAUGCACCAAGCCUUCUGAUCCAUUUCAUAAACAUGUUCCUCUUUUCCUACCCAGAGUCUGGUUAUUCAAUGUUGUAUUCUGGACAGAAAGGAAUUCAGUGUUUCCUGGUAGUGGUUGCGCUACUGUGUGUACCUUGGAUGCUGCUGUUUAAACCACUGGUCCUUCGCCGUCAGUAUCUGAGGCGAAAGCAUUUGGAAGGGCAACCUGUGGAGGCCCCAGUCAGCCCAAACCCGAGCCAACAGGGACUAGAGGCAGCAGCGGCUGCAACAGGAACUCUCAACUUUGGUGGGAUCAGGGUGGGCAACGGACCGACAGAGGAGGAUGCUGAGAUUAUUCAGCAUGACCAGCUCUCCACCCACUCAGAGGACGCAGAUGAGCCUACCGAGGAUGAAGUGUUUGACUUUGGGGACACCAUGGUCCACCAGGCCAUCCACACCAUCGAGUACUGCCUGGGCUGCAUCUCCAACACUGCCUCCUACUUGCGGCUGUGGGCCCUCAGCCUUGCUCAUGCACAGCUGUCUGAGGUGCUUUGGACCAUGGUGAUCCACAUCGGCCUGAGCGUGAAGAGCCUGGCAGGAGGUUUGGCGCUGUUCUUCAUCUUCGCUGCCUUUGCCACCCUGACCGUGGCCAUCCUCCUGAUCAUGGAGGGCCUCUCAGCCUUUCUCCAUGCACUGCGCUUACACUGGGUUGAGUUCCAGAAUAAAUUCUACAGCGGGACCGGUUUCAAGUUCCUACCCUUCUCCUUCGAGCAUAUUCGGGAAGGGAAGUUUGAAGAGUGAGCCCCUGUGAGGGCCAUGUGCCCCAUGCUGCCCUCCCCACCUCUCUCCACAGUGAUCAGCUGUGCUUCUCUGCCUGUGGUUGUGAUCUGUGGGCACCAGCGCAUUCGUGGCACCCGUCUGUGAGUCAUUUAGAUAGAAUAGUCCUCCCUGGGCCUCCCAUCACCCUAGCUUUGUGUGUAGUGUAGUGAUUUUCUCGUGGUCACUCAUACCCACUGGGCACCAACCUUGCCUUCUUAGCUUCCCUCCAUCCAGACAGCCCUUCCCGCCUCCUGGUGGUGAGCCAGUCUGCAUUCCCACGCCAUCCCAAAGUCCUUUCAUCUUCCCCGUGCAUUGUAGAUGGAAGGAGCACCCAUGACAUUCAUAUCUAGACUUUGAGUUCCCUGCAUCCGCCACUGUAGUUUCUAGCAGGAGUAGUAGGGGGAAGCAAUACAGCUUCUCCCCUAGAAGGGGACGCUGGUAACAUGUCCCACUCUUGGGUUAGCAGGGGUGGGUCCAGGAAGGUGAUAUUUGCGUCCUUUGCCCACCCCCCUCUCGUGCUUGUUAAUCAGGCAUUCAGCUGGACCCAACUAGGCCAUCAUGAGUGGCUUCUCCCUGUCACCCCCAGGGGUCAUAGGCUAUCUAUCUCCCUGACCCCACCCUGCGCUCCCCCCCUCCUCUCUCCCUGUUCUUGUCCUGCACUACAUAGCACAGCCGGGAGUGCUUGGAACAGAGGCCUUGGCUGCUCUGCAGCUCACAGGGCUUCCCUCCCCCGGGAUUGGCUUCUUCUCAGGCCUUGCAUGGGCCCUGCCCACAAGCGCACCCUCAGGCCAAGGGUGCAGACUGAUGCUCUUCCCUGGUGGAGACCCUGAGAUCUUCCCCACCCGCAAUCAUGAUGGCUUCAGUGUGGGACUGAGGUCUUCUUGGUUCUGCCUGCAGCCUGCCUAGCUCUGCCCCCCAGUGCCCACUCCUCACCACACUGGCCCCAGGUCUCAGGAGGGGUGUCCUGGGCCGGGAAGGUCAGUGUCACUGAUGAUUUGCUGUUUGGAAGCCACUGGCAGGGCUGCCGUGCAUGUGGCUGUGAGGGCUGCACAGCCCUGCCAAGGGACCUCCUCCCUGUCACCCCGAACCUUGUAAUCAUGUGCUGGUGUGGCAGCCCCAGCUAAGUUAAUCCCCACUGCUUUCAGUGGUAGAAAGAAUUCCCUGAGUGGGCCAGGCUGGUGUCCUCCUCCCACCCUUGCUUUUCUGAGUGAGCUGCCUGGAGCCCUCAUCCCCUCUCUCAGGCUGGGCUGGCCCUGGGCGGGGCCACUGUGUGCUUGUCCACUGUGACCUGACCUGACCUUGUGCAGCCCCCUGCCCUGGUGUCCCGGGUUUUUGUGAUGAUCUUUGCUCUGUUUCCAGUGGGGUUUGAAGCAUAGUUCAGGGAACCCUGCCCAAGGCCCUCCUGUUGAGACAUUCCUAUGUUGAAUAAAGUAUGUUUGACUCCCCC